AUGCCGCAAGAUGAGUCGAAGAAGGGGGAGAUCGGUGGUCCGAUUUCCGACUCAGAGUGCAUAAAGAUCAGGGAAUACGCACGCAGAAUCCGAACAUACACAAAAUUCGGCAAAGAACGCAUUGCCCUCUACGCCUACAUCCAAGUACUACAAGCCACGAACUUCUUAUGCCUGCUCCCGGAGCUCAACACUCUCCGAGUGUAUCAUGGGGCCUCGGAAGACGAAAUUCCCUUCCUCGUAUCUCCUUCUCUUCAAAAGGCGCAUAGGAUGGCGCGAAACCUCACCCACCUCGACAUCUCCGCGUCUUUUACCACUGCGUCUUUCAGGUCGAUAUCUAGCAUGCGCCGACUACAGACACUCAAUAUCUUUCAUGUGGAUAUCACGAAUCGUUGUGAAUUGGACCUUGAUUUCCUCCGAACUCUGGCCUCCUCAGAGUCUCUCAAAUUUAUCCAUCUCGGGUUUCCAACUCCGCUCAAGCAGGACGGCCUCUCUUCAACAAAUGACCGCGCUUCCUGCGCUAGUCAAGUGCUCGUCAUCGAUAUUCCUAUCUUCUUGGAAUUCUCGUUGGAUCAACUCACCGCCCUUCUAUUGUGUUGGAAGAAUCUUAAAACGCUGACGCUCAAGACACAGACAUUGCCUUUCCAGGCACUGGUGCGGAUCGCGCAGACCCUCCCCACACUGCAUGAGCUCUCGCUCACCAUCGAGGCGCAGGGGUUAUUCGAUGUUGAUUCAGUCCCGGUUCUUGGCCAUCGCCUGAAUACCCUCUUCGUAUAUGGUAAUUUGGAGGAACCAUUGAACAUCGUUCGCCUUAUCGACAGAAUCUUCCCUUAUCUCGACGACUCAGAGUUUUCGCCCAACAAUGAUCCGGAGGGCGAGUUCUUCCAGGCGCCGAGGUUGCUUCAGGUGUUAAGGGAUGCGAGACAAGACGAAAGGAAGAGAUGCCAAACUGCGUAG